AUGGAACUUGGCCCUUAUUUGUCACCGCCUGCCCAUUCCUCCCGUAUCCGACAUUGGGGUAUUAUCCCAUUAAAGCUCCAGGGUAGUCAUCCUGUUUCUGUGUUAGACGAACGUGAAAAGCGUAGCUCACUCAGUAACAGUCCCAUAAGAAACACAUACCAGAACAUCGACUUGGGACAUUCUCAGUCGCAACAAAAGUUCCUCCAGGCGGAACUUCAAACAUUGUUAAUGAUUGCAGAUAAACUCGACGUAACCAACCACCCGCUCAACAAGGGCCAGCAACAACCUUUGAUCAAAGUGGUGACCUUCCUCAAACGAAAGAAGGGCAUGACUCGUGAAGAAUUUCGAGAUUUUUACGAGAAUAACCACGCCAAACUCUUUGUAAAGUAUCUCUCUAAUCCCGGCAUUGUACGAUAUGCGCGUCGCUAUGUAACGGCCAUCCCAGACGCAAUCACAGGCGAGACUAAAGACACUGGGUUUGACUCGUUGACAGAGGUCUGGCUCAAUGAUCCAGAUCUCUAUAGGGCAUGGACUUCCGGCGAGAUGAUGGGUGAUGAGUUUCGAGAAUUUGUUGCAGCAGAGGAAGAGCAUCUGUUCGAUCGCGAUCAGAUACAUGUCUGCGUCGUAGAGGAGGUCGACUCAGUCUUGCCACAACAUUCUUCUUCAUCUUGA